UGGAAAGGCACCGAGCAGGGAUAUAAAUCUGUAUACACUUGACAUUACAAUCACCUCCUCCCGCCAGGCUGCAACCUCCUGAAUCAGAAAACAUACCCAAAAGAGCAUGUGAGAGGCAUUAUUCAGAUCUACUCAAGUCCCCGCUCCGUCCUUCCUCAUAUCUCACCUUCGUAUACUUAAAGCCUCCGUUAUCGGCCCUCGACGUCUCAACAAGUUGGCUACUUUCAGGACCAAGUAUCCAAUCUAGAGUACGAAACUUGGUUUCCUGCCUCAUCAAAAUGCCUCUCAAGGCAUCUGAACUCGUCGCCCACCCGGCCUACAAAACCGUCAAUUGGAAUCAGGAGCCUUCAAAGGAAGGAUAUGCCGAGGUUGCCAAAGGCAGACGGGGUGGGCCGUUUAAGUUGAAAUGGGAGGUCCAUGGAGAAGGUCCCAUUAAACUUGUGUGGAUCAUGGGCCUAGGUGCUUACCGGACGGCAUGGAAACGACAAACUCAAUAUUUUGGUCACAAACACUCGCAGCAGUAUUCCUCACUCGUAUUCGACAAUCGUGGCAUGGGUCUUAGCGAUAAACCCAGCUGUCGAUAUUCGACCUCUGAGAUGGCCAAAGACAUCGUUGAUCUGCUCAUCUCGAUUGGUUGGCUUGACAAGGACCAUGCCACCCACACGACCUCGAAACGUGACCUGCACAUUAUCGGCGUGAGCAUGGGUGGCAUGAUCUCUCAAGAACUCGGUCUGCUCAUCCCAGACUCGAUAGCUAGCCUCGCCCUUGUCUCCACCUUUGGGUGGAUGGUCCGAACCGUGCCGUUUAUUCAGAACUUACGCGACCGUAUCAACAUGUUCAUCCCCCGCGACAUCAAUCUCCAACUGAUGGAAAUUUCUAAACGCCUCUUCAGUGAUGACUUUCUCGCCCUUCCCGACACAGAAUACGACGACUCUAAUCUCAAUUUUCCCACCAACUGGGAUCGUUUCGCCGCCAAUGAGCUCGUCAAGAGAUCCGAUAGAGAAGGAUUCACCAGGAAGGGCUUCAUGCUACAAGCGAUUGCCGCAGGGUGGCACCAUAAAUCCAAGGACCAGCUACUGCUGCUCAAGGAAAAGAUCGGCGCCGAAAGAAUGGCCGUCGUGCACGGCACCAUCGACCGUAUGAUUACGUUUCGACAUUUUGAGAUUUUGAAGGAGGUGUUGGGCGAUGGCCCCGAGUACAGGGUGUGGCAAGGGAGAGGACAUGUUCUCAUGUGGGAGGAGGAGGACGAGUUCAAUACAUUUGUCCAGGAUUGGGUAGAGAAAUGGGACGGGAAACCCUAAGUUUUGUCUGAGCAUUUAUGUUCAUUAUUGGUCUGACAGCAAGCGCAGUGUGAUCGAGCGAUUGCUUUGAUGGUCAUGUUUGUAAAGUACAUACAUAGCAUUUCUUCCUAGUAGGAGCAUAGACGUCGAGGCCUUUUGGUUGCAACACACCUCUCUCGCUUCUCCCGUCGUCUUUAGAAAUGUCCAGAGCUUUAUGAUGU